AGGAAAUGCGAGAGGAUAAUCGUAAAACGUAAAGUGUAAACUACGAUAGUCCGCUGUACCCCGGCACUUGGCAGUCACAUGGUUUUAGUGCUAUGCUUUAAAGCUUUUCAGUACUGAUUGGGUUUCAGUCGUUAAUGCAUUACACUUCUCUAGACUAUACAGUGUGUUUACGUUCUGUCGCGCGCGAGCCAGCUAUAAAAUAACUUUUACGAUCUCAUUAUAUUAUUAUUGUUACGAUUAAGUUUUUACGACGACGAGUUGGGAAGUAGUAUCCUCCUCGCACGCGCGUUUUUACGAGUAUUCGAAAGCCUAAUAAUUUUUUUUAUAUAUAUUUUUCCAACAUUUCUCAAUAAUACAUUCAUAUACAAAAUACAUCGCCAAGUACGAAAUAUUUGCUGCUGUACGACGACUAACUUACAGUACAUCAACGUAAACGAGCGAGAAAAUUUAUUUUACGAUUGUCGAUAAUUUUACCGUCUUGUUUUACGAUCGUGGGAAAAAUAAUAAAUUUUUUUGGUGCAUCGUACGAUGACGUCGCACGCUGAACCAUCAGAGACGAAAUUCGUAACGUAAGUGGACACGUUCUUAAUAUUUAGUAAUUUUUUUGUGUACGUGUUUUUUGUAGUUUUUUUUUGUUGUUUUGGUUUUUCACUCGAUUUUUUUCGGUGCAAAAAUUUCGACAAUUUUCGCGACCUAUAGUGCGAAAAAUUGAAAAAUUGUUCAAUUUUCAUCAUAAUAAUUGCGAUAAAUCUCGCUUAAUAAAUUGUUAAAAAAUCGUAAAAAAUUCGUCGAGAUGAAUUCGUAUUUCGAGCAAAGUGGUUUUUACGGUAGUCACCAUCACCAUCAGUCAUCCGGCGCUACAGCCCAUCACCAUCACGAGCAAAACUCGGUAGCUGCAGCUUACAGAUUCCCAUUAGGAUUGGGUAUGUCACCUUAUGCCAGCUCGCAACACCAUCAUCAUUCCUUGCACCAAAGCAGACCGCCUCAGGAUAGCCCUUACGACGCAUCGGUGGCCGCAGCAGCCGCAUGUAAAUUAUACGGAAACAACGACAGUCAGCAAUCGGCCAAUUACAGCUCUUCUGCCAAAUCAGAAUGCAGCAAGGAUACCAGCCAUCAGAACGGGUACGCUGCAGUAGUCGCCGCAGCCAAGGAUGUAUGGCAGUCGGCAUCGUCGGCCGGAGGUGUGAAUUCUAAUCCGCUAAUUGGACCUGUAAGGCCUUCGGCGUGUACCCCUGAUUCCAGAGUAUCGGCUUAUGGUAAUACUAGUCUCGGAUUAGUCGGCGGUGAUCCGACUACCAGCCCAGGAGCGUCCGCAGGAUCCGUCAGAAAUUCUUCCGUCACCUCGUCUUUAACCGGUUCCUGGAAUACGUGCUCUAUUAAUUCCGCUUCCUCGCAACCGUCUGUAGCCACACAGCUGCAUCAGCAAAGUGCUAAUCAUACUUUUUAUCCGUGGAUGGCCAUUGCAGGAGCAAAUGGAAUGAGACGAAGAGGCCGCCAAACGUAUACCAGAUACCAAACCUUAGAAUUAGAAAAAGAAUUCCAUACCAAUCACUAUCUAACGCGAAGAAGACGAAUAGAAAUGGCACACGCACUAUGCCUGACUGAAAGACAGAUAAAAAUAUGGUUCCAAAAUCGACGAAUGAAAUUAAAGAAAGAAAUUCAAGCCAUCAAAGAACUAAACGAACAAGAAAAACAAGCCCAAGCACAAAAAGCAGCAGCAGUAGCGUUAGCAAACGCCCAAGGAUCCAACGAUCACUGAAUCCAUGUAUAAUGUCUGUUCGCAUCUCCCUUUUUCAUUUUUUUUUUCAUAAUUUCGUUUGUUUUCUUUUUUUAAUUUUUAUCAUUUGUUUUCUUUUUCAUUUUGGUUUUUAUUUGUUCGUUUGAUGUUUUUAUUUCGUUUUCUUUUUUCUUGUUUAUUAUUAUUUUUUUUUGUCGUUGUAUAAAAGUAUUUCGCGAUGCGUGUGCGAUUAAAGCGUAAAUUACCGGUGUUUAAAAGUUUUUUCUUUUUUUUUAAAUUUUAAAUUUAAUAUGUCGAUAGUGUGUAUAAAAAGUAAAUGCCCACGUAUUAUAAGAAAAUGCUCCGAAAAAAAGUUCGAGUGCACGCGAUUUAUAGUGGCGAAGUUCAAAGUGGUUCGGGUGUUCGCGAUGUGGCGUGGUGUGGCGUAUAAUGUGGCGGUUUCACGCGCGUGUAAAAUGUGUAUCGAGAGUUAGGGCAUUUGUGCAAUAUUCAUGUAUACGAUGAUGAUGGCUGGACGAAUGGACGAGGCGCGAUAUGUGGUCGUUUAAGGUAAGCUUCUUGAAUGCUGGAUUGGUUAUAACCAUACGAUACCAGACGGGUCUGUCCUAGGUAUAAGAAUGAUGGCCGAAUAUUGGUUCCAAGAAGCGGGGGGUUUUGACAGGUUUUUAUACAUACAUAAAUCUUUAGACGAGGUUUUAUAGAAUUUAUUUUGAUGUACUUACUUAAGUAUUUGUUUUUGGUACUUAUCGUGUUUAUUUAUUCAAAAGUAUAUAGUUUAAAGGCUGUUAAAUUAUACCUAUGAUCGACUCGUUUGAAUACCUAUCUUAUAAUAUUUAUAGAUUUAUACGAGUAAAUUAUGAUUUAUGAUAUCGAAGGGACUGAAGGGUAAGAAGAAUGCUACAAUUGUGUAUAGUGAUAUGCUCUGUAUGUAAAAUAAAUUUAUCAAUAAUGUGUGAUGAAAAGUUGAUCAAAAGAUAAUGAUUAAUGAGAUAAACGUUUUGUAGUUGUGUGAUUAUUCAUAAGCAUGAUUGUUGACUAAAAUCAAAUAGGUAGUCACUUUUUUAAAGACCUAUAAAACAUUUUUAAAACGACUCACUACAUAAAUUAAAUAUUCACCUGACUGCUUUACAUCUGUGCUAUUCAUUUUUAGAACAGAGGGAAGGGUAGGGGGAAAAUCUAAAAAUUCUCAUAAAACCACAAGGGCCUGCAACUUUUUUUUUAUUGAGUAAAUUUGUUCUAAUUGUUAUUUUUGAAAAAUAAUCGCUGAAAUGAACAUGAAAAAAAUACAUUCAAAAUUGCUUUAAACACUCUUUUGAAAUAUUAAUAAAGAAUCGAAAAAUACGCUGCAAAAAUAGUUUUCUCGAUGUUUCAAUAAUCCUUUAAAAUAGUUUAAAAAAAAUAUAAAACCUAUUCAUUAAAUUUUAAAGAAAUAUACCUAUCAAUAAAAUAACUUACAAUAGGUGUACUUAUUUAUACCCGGUAAACACACCGAACGCGAAUCGCCGGCGGAAAUCGCGGUCGCGAAAAUCGCGUUCGAUUCGCCGGCGAAUAGAAGGCAGAAAUCGCAGUGAAAAAAAUAAAAAAUCUCGUUGCAAAAAUCGUAGGCGUAUCGCGGGCGAAUAGACGGCGGAAAUCGCAGAGAAAAAAAUGAAACAACUCGUUGCGAAAAUCGUAGGCGUAUCGCCGGCGGAUUCAGCAGUGAUAUUUUCAACGCGAUACUCGCGUUCUAUCCGCCGGCGAAUCGAACGCGACAAUCGCGCUGAAAAAAUUUGAAAAAAACACUGCUGAAUCCGCCGGCGAUACGCCUACGAAUUUCGCAACGAUCUUUUUCAUUUUUUUCAGCGCGAUUUCCGCGGUCUAUUCGUCGGCGAAUAGAAGGCGAAUUUAGUAGAGUUCUUUUACAAUAUUUUUCAUGCGAUUUUCGCAUUUGUUUCGCGUUCAAUCGAGUGAGCAUUCAGAUGUUCUUACGCAAGCAUGCAAUAACGAGCAGAAUGUUGUGUUUUUUUUUAUCUUUUCGUUCGUGUUUAUUUCAAAUUGGUUUUCUGGUGUUGAAUUUUGAUUAAUUUUUUUGGAGUGAUAACGAACAAUUUUUUUUCGUGGUGUGUACAUAGAAUAAAUUUUUCGGCGAUGAGUCAGAUUGGAAUUUUUUUGUGAUUAUUUCUAAUGAAUUUUUUUUAGCAAUUUUUGACACUUUUUUGUGAUUUUUAAAAUAAAUUUUUCACUGUAUUGAUUCAAAUUUAAUUUUUUUAUUUAGCUUGGAAUUUUUCAUGGUGAUUUUGAACUGUUUUUUAGUGAUGAAUUCUGAUAAAUUUUUGAUGAUUUCGAAUGGAUUUUGUAUGGUGACUUAGAAUAAUUAUUCUAAAUCUCCAUAAUCCAAUUUUUGUGUUUUUGGUUAUUUUAAUAAAUUACAAUUGAUGUUGUUGCAUUCUUGUGUGAAGUGAUUUACCCAAGUAUAGGUACUUCAUCGUUUUUUCUUUUGUUAUUUCCUAGUUUGUCUUCCUACAUCAGAAUCAGAAAGCAUUCUUCACUUAAUUUACUCGUUAUUUAUUUUGUUUUCUUGAUUUUUAAUUAUGUAAACAAGUAAAUUACUCGUAAAAUUAAUUGAAGAAUACGUUCUGAUUCUAAUGUGGGAGAAGAAACUAGGAAAAAACCAAAGCAAAACAUCAUUGCGAUUAUCGCCUUCGAAUCGCGUUCUAUUUCAACAGCGAUAUCGCUGCGAUUCCCGCCGGCGUAUCGCCUUCGGAUUCCGCUGCGGAAAAAGCGGACAUUUUCGCCGGCGAUUCGAACGCGAUUCCCGCCGGCGAUACGCCGGCUGCCAAUACGAUGAUCGCCUUCUAUUCGCUGGCGUAUCGCGUACUAUGUGUUUACCGGGUACCUACCAAUAUUUUUAAAAACACUUUUCGUAGCAUUUUAAACAUCUUUUUUUACUUACCCAUUUUUUGGAUUUCUUACAUACGUAAUUUAAAACCAAUCUAAUGCUAAUUAUAAAAUUGUUAACUACCAUUUGUGACUAUAAGAGAUCUCGUAUGCUAAAGAUUUUUGUACAUAUUUUGAACAGUUUUAAAAUUAUAAGAACACGACAUUUUUUUUGUGUGUGAUUUAAGUUUAUUUUAUUUUGCCUUUAUAAUAAUUUGAAAAAUUUUGAUAAUUUUUAGUCAUUUUGAAGAAUUUUUUUAUGCUAUUUAAGUAUUAUUUAUCCUUAUUUUGAACAAUUUUUAUUGCGUAGUUUAAUUUUGUUACAUUUCAACGGUUACUUCAAUAUAAUUUUGUGGUAC